CGUCAGUUCAUUAUCAUGAUCGAACUACGCUCAGAUACGUUUCUACAUUUUCUGGGGAACCUGCAGAUGGCCAUUGCAAUCCCAAACCGUUCUGUACCGAUUCAACCUCCUAAGCGAUCCCGAUUCCUGUCGGUCACCUGCCCGAAAAUCUGCUGCGCUUACGAGGAAAAUUCAGCCCUCAAGGUCUGGGACUGACCACGGCCGACCGAGAGAAUCGGGGCCGAUUCACAGCAUGACGAGGGCCUCAGCCAGCAACGAAAACCUGCAACGCUCAGCUACGACAAAUCCCGACCGAGC